AGGAAUUGAACCGGGGUUUCCUGCAUUGCAGGCGGAUUCUUUACCAACAGAGCUAUCAGGGAAGCCUUAGUAUGGCCAGAUCACCCUUUCCUCCAUUCACAUCUUACCAGUUUGUUUGCGGUGAUGGGCUCCAAGGCGAGAAGAACUUGGUCAGGUAGGCCCUUAGAAGUUCUCAGGAGCAGAGGGGCAUGAGGCAGUGGGAGGAGGCCAUAAGGAUGGUAGAAAACAGAAAGGAACCAGAAGAGGCUGGCAGAAUUGGAGUUGGGCUUAGAGACCUUGACCAAAUCAUUCUCCUUUCUGCUUACUUCUCUCCUUAAUUCUCACUUACCUGUCUUGUAAGGUAGUUAAGAGAAUCAACUCUGAAAGUGCUUAUGAAAUGUGAAGUAAACUGCUUAGGUGAAACAUCACAGUUUACAUUUACUCAACUACCAAGCACCUAUUUCAUGACAUCCACUCUAGGCACUGGAGAAACAUAAAGAAUAAGAAAAGAUCUUUCUAAGGAACUCAAGAGUUAGUGUUUUUAGGAUAAUGGGUACAAUGGGGUCUUCAUUCAGUGGACCUGAAGACUUAGAAACUGUUGAUAGAAUUGGCCUAAAGAUAGCUAUGGUCAAGCUACUGAAAGGUACAGAGGGCUAACAACAGUCCCAAGGUACCUUCACCCAGUAGGUGUGCCCCCAGCUUUUUUUCCACUGUGUGUGUCCCCAAGGUGAGUGCUGAAGCAGCUCAAAUGCUCCAUGAGCUGGAGGAAGCCGUGGGACGCCAGGGAGGGUCCCCACAGAGAACGGAGCCUCGUCAGCAUCGGAAACCACAGGAAACCAGCUGCUCACUGGCCUGUCUGCCUCCGCUGGGAUUGGCUGCCCCCCCCCUCCCCGCUGGAGAACCCGCGGUCUGCUGGCCUCCCGCAUGGUAAGGAUGGCAGUUUCACUGGAAGGUCUGCCCAGACUCCUCACCACACCCAGCCGGCCCCUCCCCUCCCCCCCAAGCCUCGACGCGCCUGGUGGUGCCACUGUCCCCACUGCUGGUGCCUGCAUCUGGUGUCAGGCCCCUCGGGUCUUCAGUGGGGUUGGCUCCACCUCCUAGUGCAGAAAUCCAAAAAGUCUUACAAGUUCUGGUUCUGUAGGAGACACAGGAUGCCAGCGUCUGCUCAGAGGAAGUUGUUGAGUAGCUGCUGCCUGUCUGAGAAGGGCCAUCACAACUCCAGCCCCUCCCCAGACACCUCCCACAAGGGACUGCGCUCCAAAAGAACCCAGCCUGUGGAUCCAGAGGCAGGGGAAGGUCUCUCCAGAUCUAACUCACAGAAGCUUGGAGGACCUGAGUUCUCCUUUGACUUGCUGCCUGAGACAAGGGCUAUUCAAGUGACCAUUCCUCCAGGCCCAGAGGUCAGUGUGCGUCUUUGCCACCAGUGGGCACUGGAGUGUGAGGACCUGAGCCAUCCCUUCGAUGCCCAGAAAAUUGUGCCUGGGGGCCGCACUGUGGACUUGCCUUAUGAAUUCCUUCUGCCCUGUCUGUGCAUCGAGGCAUCCUACCUGCAAGAGGACACUGUGAGGCGCAAACAAUGUCCCUUCCAGGGCCAGCCUGAAGCCUAUGACUCAGACUUCUGGGAGUCAAUGAACUUCACUGACCACAGCCAGCAUAAUCAGAUGGUCAUGGCCGUGACACUCCGUUGCCCACUGAAGCUGGAGGCCUCCCUGUGCCAGAGGCGGGGCUGGCCCACCCUCUGCGAAGACCUCCCCAAUGCCACGGCUCGAGAGUCAGAGGGGUGGUAUGUCGUGGAGAAAGUGGACUUGCAUCCCCAGCUCUGCUUCAAGUUCUCUUUUGGAAACAGCAGCCACAUUGAAUGCCCCCACCGGACAUUCGCAGCCCCGUCCUGGAAUGUGAGCAUGGAUAUACAGGCCCAGCAGGUGGUCCUCCACUUCUCUUCAAGGACGCAUGUCACCUUCAGUGCUGCCUGGAACCACCCAGGCUUGGGGCAGGACAGCGUGGUGCCCCCUGUGUACAGCGUCAGCCAGACUCAGGGCUCAACCCCAGUGACCCUAGACCUCAUCAUUCCCUUCCUGAGGCCAGGAGGCUGUGUCCUGGUGUGGAGGUCAGAUGUCCAGUUUGCCUGGAAGCGACUCUUGUGUCCAGAUGCCUCUCACAGACGCCUGGGGCUCCUGAUCCUGGCGCUGCUGGCCUUCACCACCCUACUGGGAGUUGUUUUGGUUCUCACGUGCCGGCGCCCACUGUCAGGCCCGGGCCGAGAGCGGCCGGUGCUGCUGCUGCACGUGGCGGAGUCUGAAGCGCAGCGGCGCCUGGUGGGAGCACUUGCUGAACUGCUGCGGGCCGCGCUGGGCGGCGGGCGCGACGUGAUCGUGGACCUUUGGGAGGGCACACGGGUGGCGCGCGUGGGCCCCCUGCCGUGGCUCUGGGCGGCGCGGGCGCGUGUGGCGCGGGAGCGGGGCGCCGUGGUUCUUCUGUGGAGCAGCGCCGGCCCCAGCCCCACGGGCGGCCCGGAUCCUCGCGCUGUGCCCCUGCGCGCCCUGCUCCGCGCCACCCCGCGCCCGCUGCUGUUGCUGGUUUACUUUAGUCGUCUCUGCGCCAAGGGCGACAUUCCCCCGCCCCUGCGCGCCCUGCCCCGCUACCGCCUGCUGCACGACCUGCCGCGCCUGCUUCGCGCCCUGGACGCUCGGACCUCUACUGAAGCCACCACCCGGGGCCGCUUCGUCGCCCAGCCGCGCCUGCGGGGUCGCGUGGAGCUGUGCCGCAGGCUGGAACUGGAGGCCGCCAAACUUGCCGACCAAGGCUGAACAGAACUCAGCGCAGUCGGGAUGUAUGUGGCUGCGGGCCUAGGGGCGCUGGCUGGACCCCCCUCACUCGGCGUCCCCGCCCACUCCCCAUGUCCCCCGUGUCCAACCUCUUCCUCCUGCUCAGGCUUCCUCAGAACCCUCAGAGAGAGUCUCUCUUUACCGAGAACUCCCUUGACCUCAGUCCUGUGGUGGGUGGGGAUCAUCACACUUCCUCUCUCCAGAAGUUGCAGAGAAUCGUGCACGUAGGCUCCAGUCCACACCGGAGAGGUUGGGACAGGGCUUGGGGAGGCAGAAGAGAUGGCAGUUCUGACUGGGAGGCGCCUCCAGACGGAGUACGGGGGCGGAGGGGGGCUCUGUGUUGGGGGGUGGAGGGGGCAGAACACCCCUUGGGGCUAAGGAUCUGCCUUUUCCAGAUGGGGGCCCUGCCCACAGUUGCAGGGAGGGAGGGCUCGGGACCCAGGGAAAGAAUCUUUGGCCCUGGGUGGUGGGGGCAGAGAUGGGACAGUGGAGACUGACAGAGAGGUGAAUAAAAGAAAACGUGAUGGGUAAACUAAGAAA